UCGCGGCGGGCGGCCAUGGUGCACAGCGCGUACGACGCCGUCGAGCUGGUCUCGGGCGUGCCGGGGGACAUCGUGGCCGUCGCUGCCUACGCCGGGAGGCUCCUCGUCGCGGGCAAGGAUGGGUCGCUGCGCAUCUACUCCUCCCCGGCGCACGCCGACGGCGAGAUCCCGCGGGACGGGCCGUACGCGCUCGAGCGGAACCAGCCCUCGCUGUGGCGCCGCGGGACGCCCCUGGCGAUGGAGGUCAGCGCGGGCCGCGAGCUCCUGCUCUCGCUUGCCGAGUGCGUCAACCUCCACCGCCUCCCCGGGCUGGAGACCGUCGCCGUCAUCGGGAAGACCAAGGGCGCCAACCUCUUCGCCUGGGAUGACCGCCGGGGCCUCCUCGCGGUCGGCCGAUGGAAGCGCCUGACCAUCUUCCGCCUUGACAGUGGGAGGGAGUUUGUGGAGGUGAAGGAAUUUGGAGUUCCGGAUACCGUGAAAUCAAUGGCCUGGUGUGGCGACAACAUUUGUCUUGGGAUUAGAAAGGAGUAUAUGAUCAUAAAUAGCAUGACUGGGGCAUUAACUGAAGUGUUUUCUUCAGGAAGGAAUGCUCCACCGCUAGUUGUGGCUCUUCCUACUGGGGAGCUCCUCCUAGGAAAGGAUAACAUUGGAGUAUUUGUUGAUCAAAAUGGGAAACUUAUUCAAGAUGGCAGGAUAAUUUGGUCAGACACGCCUGCCUCUGUUGCUAUACAUAGACCAUAUGCCGUGGCACGCCUGCCACGACAUGUUGAGAUACGGUCUCUUAGAGCCCCCAAUGCAUUGGUUCAGACAGUUGUCCUUCGUGAUGUUCAAAAGCUUGUUGAAACUGAGAACUGCAUACUUGCUGUGCUAGCCCGCUCUGUUUAUGGCCUGCUGCCUGUUCCUAUUGGUGCCCAGAUAGUGCAGUUGACUGCAUCCGGUGAAUUUGAGGAGGCACUGGCAUUGUGUAAGCUACUUCCUCCUGAGGAUUCAAGCCUACGAGCUGCAAAGGAAAGCUCAAUACACAUAAGAUAUGGGCAUUUUUUAUUUGAUAAUGGGAGCUAUGAGGAGGCAAUGGAGCAGUUCGCGGAUUCACAUGUGGAUAUUACUUAUGUGUUAUCUCUAUAUCCAUCUCUUAUUCUGCCUCAAACACACAUUAUAGGUGAACAUGAUCGGCUGCACGACCUGCCAGAAUUAGCAAGAGAAUCCUCUGAUUUGACAGAUGAGAUGGAACCAUACUCUUUGCAGCUUCAUGAAUCUGAUGAUAAAUCUCCAUUGGAGAUAAAGAAAAUGAGCCACAAUGCUCUAAUUGCCCUUGUGAAGUAUUUGCAGAAGAAAAGAAACGGGAUAAUUGAGAGAGCAACAGCUGAAGUAACAGAGGAGGUGGUCUCUGGAGCUGUGCACCACAGCUCAAUCUUAUCUGAGUCAUAUAGGUCAAAGAAGCCAAACAAGAAGCGAGCUCAGACGCAUACAAGCUCUAUUGCUAGAGAAAUGGCAACUGUAUUGGACACAUCUCUUCUUCAAGCUCUUAUUCUGACUGGACAGUCAUCAGGGGCAAUAGAAUUGUUGAAAGGACUCAACUAUUGUGAUCUGAAGAUUUGCAAAGAAUUUUUACAGGAAAGGAACGAUUAUAUGGUGCUACUUGAGCUCUACAAAAGCAAUGAGAUGCACCGUGAAGCUCUCCAACUGCUUAAUCAAUUAGUUGAAGAAUCAAAGGCUGAGAUGGGAAAAACUGAUUUUAAUAAAAAUUUCAAUCCACAAAUGAUCAUUGAAUAUCUAAGGCCCCUCUGUCGAUCUGACCCAAUGCUGGUUUUGGAAUCUUCUUUAUAUGUCCUUGAACGCAACCCGUCAGACACUAUUGAGCUCUUUUUAUCAGAAAAUGUUCCUGCAGAUUUAGUAAAUUCAUAUCUAAAACAGCAUGCUCCAAAUUUGCAGUCAACUUACUUAGAACUGAUGCUUUCAAUGAGUGUAUCUGGGAUCAACCCUAAUCUACAAAAUGAGCUGGUACAACUGUACCUUUCUGAGGUACUUGACUGGCACAAGAGUCUGAAGGAAGAGGGGAACUGGACUGAGAAAACAUAUUCCCCAACACGGAAGAAGCUGAUAAGUACAUUAGAGAACAAUUCAGGUUACAACACAGAAAUACUUCUUAAGCGUCUUCCGCAAGAUGCUCUUUUUGAAGAGCGCGCUAUAUUGUAUGGGAAAAUGAAUCAACACCUCCGUGCUCUGUCUCUUUAUGUCCAUAAGCUCCAGAUGCCAGAGCGAGCAGUUGCGUAUUGUGACCGUGUUUACGAAGAAGGAGCACAACAACCUUCGAAGUCAAAUAUCUACUUUAAUCUCCUACAGAUCUAUCUAAACCCAAGAAAAGCUGAAAAGGAAUUUGAGCAGAAAAUUGUUCCAGUGGCAUCACAAUACCCUGGAAUUCAGAAGGCUACUAAGGUUAAAGGUGGGCGUAUGGGUAAAAAGGUUGUUGAGAUUGAAGGGGCUGAUGAUUUACGCUUUAGCCCCAGUGGAACUGAUAGUGGUCGAAGUGAUGGAGAUGAUGUUAAUGAUGGAGGCCCAAUAAUGUUGAAUGAAGCACUUGAAUUGUUAAGCCAACGGUGGGAUAGAAUAAAUGGUGCCCAAGCUCUUCGGUUGUUACCUAGAGACACAAAACUGCAGGAUCUGGUGUUAUUUCUUGAACCACUUCUGCGAAACUCCAGUGAACAUCGACGCAAUUAUAUGGUUAUCAAGAACUUGAUUUUUAGGGCAAAUUUGCAGGUGAAGGAGGACCUGUAUAAACGUCGUCAAGCUGUUCUGAAGAUUGAUGGAGAUAGCAUGUGUUCUCUUUGUCAUAAGCGGAUUGCAAAUAGUGCUUUUGCAAUUUAUCCAAAUGGGCAAACUUUGGUGCAUUUUGUCUGCUUUAGAGAAUCACAACAGAUUAAGGCUGUUAGAGGAGUGAACUCUGUGAAACGUAGAUAACAUGUACAUUCACCAGGUGAGUAUUAUUCAUCAUAAAGAGUGCCAGGUUCGCAUUCUCUGCACAUCUUUGCCAAAGCAAGCCAACAAGCAUACAAGAUUUGUAGGUGAUCAGCUUCCGGGUCUGCUCAUCCGCGUUGUUUGAUGUGCACUGGCGAUACUGUUGUUUGCGAUCGAGGUUCUAUUGAUGUUGGCCUGUGAGAUGUUCCUGUUGACCCUUACGCCUUUUUUUUACCCUUGGAUUGCUUCAUGUAUUUUACGCCCUUUUUUUUACCCUUAAAUGCAUUGAUAUAUUCAAUGUGUGCGUGUAUCUGGUCGCUUUCGUCUGUUUUUGCCCAGAAAGCGUACAAAAGUGUAGAUGAACACGUUGUGAAGUUCAGAUUAGGCGUGGCUGUGAUUAGUGGUGUUCAAUUGUCAUGUAAACAAGGAUUAUAAUAAUAAUAAUAAGUAAAAGAGCACUUCUUUUCAUGUUAA